AUGUCGAAAGCAAUCGGUUUUAUGGCUAACCUUGCCGGCACGUUUUUGCCCUCUAAUCUCGUCGUUCCAAUCGGAAUUCCCGACAAGCCUGUGGCAGAGACCUGGGUGACGGUUGUCGCCGGGGCUGGCGGCAAGAACCACGAUGCCGGAGGGGAUUUUCCAUCCGUCAUCGUUUGGGACGACGACGGGAACCUGAUCGGAACCCGCUACAAGUAUGAAGGUGACGGGGUCGAAGCAGGCACCGAAGCGACCUACAGGGUUUGGAACAACAAGAACGGCAUCAAGAUAGCCGACCCGCACUAUGUGAUGCUCAGCCACGACAACGACGCGACUUGCAUCUCAAUGAUACAGGUGUCCAACGGCCGACUGACCGCGGCUUUCUACGGCGAUACCGGUGCCUUGUGCGGCCAGGCAUGGUAUUACAGCCAGCGGACGCUCAACGGCCUCCACCUCAAGACAAAGUGCGUUUGGCUGGACGCGGACCAGUCUAGCGGCAACUUCAACGCCCGAGCCUUGAGUUUCCAUACCAGAGACAUGAUACCCUCACACGACAAGCUGAUGUUAUACAACAGCUCGCCACGCUGGCUCUGCGAGAGCACGCCGCGGUUCUCAUAUUGGAAGAACCUCCUGCCGUUGGGCCAAAUCGUCUUUUUCGACCCGCCCCUGAAAUACAAGAUGGACUCUCUCGAAAAAGGAAGGGAAGGCGUCAAUGAGAACCCCGAGGACGCCAUCGACAAAGUCCAAUACGACAAGAUGGUUUACAAAAAACAGGGCGAGUCUAAGAAAAAGCACUACUGGCGCAACACGCCCACACCGCAACGGCUGUCCAAGAGGCAAGGCUCCAACAUGAACCCGGAGCACCUGGUCUUGACCGAGCUCCCGGGGCAAACGGCUCGGGAAGUCUGCGAAGACCCCCGCUCUGUCGGAUACGACAUCGUCUCGUUCGUGGACAUGAAGUACUGCGAUCUUUCGGAGAGGAGACUGUACGACCUUUGCAACGACGCCACUACAACCAACUGUUUCGAUGCUAACAGUACGAGCUUUGUGGGGAAUGACGCUCUCCUGCCGAGGGAUAAGAACUCGGCCGCAGGCGGGCCCAAGAAGGCUUACAAGUCAAGGGAUUUCUGGAAAUAG